AUGUAUGUCUUGAAGUCGAUCGCAUUGGCGGUUGCUAUUGCGCCUCUGCUUAUUUCGGCCGAUAACUUUCCUGGAUACCAUUCCUCCGGGCCAAGGAAGACCUUUGCAGUGAGGCAAGCUGCGGCCAAUCCUUCGUCGCGAUUCCUGAAUGACAACUCCAAGGCGUUCGCCGUCAAUGGAAAGGAGAUUCCGGAGGUGAAUUUUGACAUUGGCGAAUCUUAUGCCGGCGUGCUGCCCAUCUCUGACCGAGCGGGCGAGACGCGCAAGCUGUUUUUCUGGUUCUUCCCAUCGGCCGCGCCCGAGGCCAGGGACGAAGUCGGCGUCUGUCUGGGUGGUGGGCCGGGCUGUUCCGGCUUGAAGUCCCUCUUAUCCGCAAACGGGCCUUUCCUGUGGCCUCCCGGCGCCUUGGCACCGGUGAAGAAUCCGUACUCCUUAAACCGACUCACGAAUUUCGUCUGGAUCGACCAGCCCGUUGGCACCGGCUUCAGCCAGGGCGAGCCCAGCAUCACCAACCAGGAAGAGCUGGCCGAGCAGUUCAAGGGCUUCUGGAAGAACUUUGUCGAUAUCUUCCAACUUCACGACAGCAAGAUGUACUUUGCCAGCGAGUCGUACGGCGGUACGUUCGUGCCACACAUCGCCAACAGCUUUCUUGAAUCGAAUGACAGUAAAUACUUCAACGUCAAAGGCGUCGCCAUCAACAACCCCAGCAUCGGCAACAACGCUUUGCAGAUAGAGAUGCCUGCUCUUCCAUUUUCCGAGUACUGGUCCAAUGUUCUAGGGCUCGACGAGCCCACGUUGGAAAAGGGCCGGCAGCGUGCGGAAGAGUUGGGAUUCACCAGCUACAUGAAGAAGUAUUUUACCUUUCCGCCUCCCAAAGAGGAGUGGCCCCAACCUCCCUCCCCCAACAAGUCGACGCGGGACAUCCUCGUCGGAGCCAUGUACGCGGCGAACCCGUGUUUCGACGACUACAACAUCAUCCAUCAAUGUCCCACCCCAUACAACCAGCUCGUCGGUGCGGGUGCAGACAAGGCCUCGGGCGGUCCAGCGUACUUUCAACGCGAAGAUGUAAAGAAGGCCAUCAACGCCCCUCCAGACGCCAACUGGACUGGAUGCGCGCCCAAGGUCUUCGUCGGCCGCGACCGAAGCAGCUAUCCUACUCUCGACGGCACGCUCGCCAACGUCGUGCACAAGACAAAGAACGUCAUCGUUGGGUCCGGUGAUCUCGACCUCGUCCUGCCCACGAACGGCACUCUCUUCGCGCUGCAGAACAUGACUUGGGGUGGCGACAAGGGCUUCCAGAGGUUUCCCUCCACUCCCUUCUUCGUCCCUCAACACGGUGCCGACACUGGCGCCUACGGAAAUUUAGGCUCCUGGAGCCAAGAGCGCGGGUUACCAUUCUACAGCAUCCGGCUGGCUGGACAUAAGCUAUCUGGGGGAUCGGCCGGCGCAAUAUACCGUGUCAUCCAGGUCAUGCUAGGCCGCGUCAAGGACUUUUCCAGCCAUUAUCCUCUAUUUUAG